AUGGCUAAUUUACAGCGUAUCCUCAUCUCGUUGAUGGUCUUGUUGACCGCAACCUUUCUUUUCAUGGGUCAGACUGCGGAGGCCGCCAAAGGCCCAAAGAUCACGCAUAAAGUUUAUUUCGACAUUGAACACGGUGACGAGCCUCUAGGCCGAAUCGUCCUAGGCUUGUAUGGCAAGACUGUUCCCAAGACCGCUGAGAACUUCCGAGCACUAGCAACUGGCGAGAAGGGCUUUGGCUAUGAGGGGUCAACCUUCCACCGCGUGAUCAAGAACUUCAUGAUCCAGGGUGGUGACUUUACCAGAGGAGAUGGCACUGGUGGCAAGUCGAUCUAUGGGGACAAGUUCCCGGACGAGAACUUCAAGAUCAAGCACACCAAGAAGGGUCUUUUGAGCAUGGCCAACGCCGGUAAAGAUACCAACGGCUCGCAGUUCUUCAUCACAACAGCCAUCACCAAUUGGCUUGAUGGUCGCCAUGUCGUAUUUGGAGAAGUCCUCGAGGGCUACGACGUCGUCGAAAAGAUCGAAAACGUCCCCAAGGGCUCCGGUGACAAACCCGCCAAACCUGUCAAGAUCGUGAAGAGCGGAGAGCUCGAAGUGCCACCGGAAGGUAUCCACGCCGAGCUAUAG